ACAUGCGCAAUGUUGAACAACGCGCGGUCCAGAGAACGAUCACGCCGAGGACGAACACGCCACGGCGUCACUCGGCGCCAGCAUCGUGCCUUCUCAAAAAUCCCUAAACGAUGCUGUCCCUAGGCACCUAGGAUCAGGUCACGUGAGGGAUUUUUGUACGACAAAUAGACGCACGCUAAAGCUAUGGUACCUAAGCGUUCGAACGACUAGGGCACUAUAACGCUUACCCCCCUUUUCCACUCCGUCGACCGGGUCGCAGGAACGGUGGCCUUACUUUUAUUUUGCCGUCGGCUGUCGCUAUAGCAAAAGCGGAUUAUCUCAAAUACUGCGACAGCUGGAAGUGGUUUGAUUAGGUAGAACAGUUAUCUCCGUCCGCACCUGCGCGAACAUUUUGCGAUAGCGCAAUUUGAGCAAAAUUUUCGUCACUUGUUCUUAGCGGAUGAAUCAAUCAUGACGCGCACUUUCGGAUCGUAGCUCGUCGCUGAAGCUCCGGAGACCCGUGGUCAAAAGCGUAGUGCAUCACAAUCGCUGCUGACUGCGCUGCGCGCCGAGGAGGAAAUGUCCGAAGAAUGCGGCUCUGAGCUGAACUCUGCGGGCUACUACAGUUUCAGCGGCUUCGAUACCAAGACGCCGUUUCUGAUUGGCGUCGCCGGUGGUACGGCAUCUGGGAAGACAUCAGUAUGCCGCAAGAUCAUGUCGCGGGUGGGACAGGAGGGCCAAGUGGUGUGCAUCCAUCAGGACAACUUCUACAAGGGACUGUCACCGCUCGAGCGUGAUCGGGCCAACAGGGGUCUCUUCAAUUAUGACCAUCCAGUUUUGAACCCCAGAUACAAGCCCGUGAAAGCAAACCUCAACCCGGCUAGACCUUUGUGCACCAGUACCAUGUCAUCUGCAGGUUUCACAUCCCCAGAUGUGUUUGACGAUGAGCUGAUGGCAGCAACCCUGAGUGACAUCUUGCAGGAGAAGGUGGUGCAGUUGCCUGUGUACGAUUUCAUCACUAGCACCCGGCUGCGGGACCAGUGGAUAAGCAUUGCACCUGCAGAUGUUGUUCUGGUGGAAGGGGUGCUGCUGUUUUAUUUUCCACGCCUACGAGACAUGUUUCAUAUGAAGCUCUUUGUGGAUACUGACCCGGACACACGACUUGCACGCAGAGUCCUGCGUGAUGUGAAAGAACGUGGCCGGGACCUUGAGAAAGUUCUGCAUCAGUACACGAAUUUUGUGAAGCCUGCAUUUGAGGAGUUUUGCCUACCUACUAAAAACGAUCAUUUUCUCGUGGUAAUGCAAGAGCCAAGCAGCUUCCAGAGUGCUCAAUCACCACCACUGUCAGCCAGUGGGAUGUGCUGCGAAUGAACACAUCGCUGACCGAGUUGCUUUACGCCUCACUGCCCUCCAGAAGGAGCACUGUCAUCGCUGCUGCUGGGGACUUGACGAGAAAAGAAAUUCUGAGUGUGACGUGUGCACCGGCAGGGCCUGUCUGGUGUAAUGAACUAUUGUAGAGAAGAACCACUUCCAGCUUAUUGUCUUAACUUAAAGCAUUCCUUUAUUGCUAUCCGUUUGUUUCAUCGUGUUUGGCCCGCAUAGUCAUUAUUGUUGAGUGCUUCGUUUUCCGUUUGCAUCAAAUAAAGACCGAAAAU